AUGGCGGACAUCAAGGAAUCCUUAGAGCAGCUAACCUACACUGCCGGUCCGUGGAUCGAGGAGACGCGGGUCAAGCUAGCCCAGGGGCAUUACGGCACCGUCUACGCCAUCAAGAUACGCGGCCUGCAGUGUGCUGGGAAGAAAUUCGACGCUAGACUAUUUGAGAAGCCAGCGAGAGAUCAACACGAGGGCGAGGAAUCUACGACGGGGCAAGUGUUUGUCGAGCAGUGUUUGCAGCUUGCGCAAGUUCGCCAUCCGAACGUCGUGCAGUUGUUGGGGGUGCUGUUCGGCAGCAGCAACUCGGGCCCGACGCUCGUUAGCGAAGUUCUCCCACUCAACUUGGCAAAAUGCCUUGAAGACUACCAGCACAUGCCCACCUACGCGAAGAGCUCCAUACUCCUAGACGUGGCCAACGGGUUGCGCUACGUUCACGAGCAGAAGAAGCCGAUGGUGCACGGCCGUCUCUGCCCGGAAAAGAUCCUCCUCACCAUCUCCCUGCAAGCCAAGAUCUGUGGGUUCGUCAAUCCGUCAGGAGUCUCGCUCCCAGAUUCCAGCUACACGGCUCCGGAAGCCGCAGAGCCCGGAGGCGGCUUGCGGACGGUGAAGGGCGACGUCUUCAGCUACGGAAACCUGGUGCUCCACGUCGUCACUCAGCAGUACCCCCAGCCUGCGGCGAAGGAGCGGUUGGAUCCGGCGGAUGCGGGUAGGACACUCACCUGCACCGAGGCCGAGAGACGGGACCAGAGUCUCCGGGAGCUGGGCGAGAGUCAUGCUCUCCUGGGUCUGGUGAAGCGGUGUCUGGAGGACGAUCCCGGGAGUCGACCAACAAUGGCCGAAGUCUUGCAAGAGGUGGAGGGGCACGCUGUAUCCACUCCACCGCCCUACGCCAGCAUCCUGCAGGUGAUGCAGGAGGUUGAGCAGGCAGCACUGCUGAAAGACAACCUCAGCUCUCUCACCCAGACACUCGAGGGGAAGCAAGCCGAGCUCGACGCCAAAGAACUGGAGGUAGACGGUCUCACACAGGAGCUAGAAGUAAAGGAGAAGGCCGCCUUGGCUUGCAAGGAAGAGCUCGAUGGCUACAAGCAGAUGGUGCACAGCAAGGAGCGCAGGAUACAGAUGCACGAUCAGGCCCUGCGAGCCAAGGACUCGCUCAUCAAAGCAAAAGCCAGGGAGAUCACGGCCAAGAACCAGCAACUCUCGGCGAAAGACUCCCAGCUAGCUGCCGCCAACCGACGAAUUGCGACCCUCGAAGGGCGACUAUCAUCGGGCAAAGGUCACAGUCUGCGGUACCCCGUAACCCCACAGCGAUCCCCGUCGCGGUCCCCUGCCUUCACUCGCAGCCAGCAAGUCUCUCCUACGUUCAAGGAGUCCCCGUACAAAUAUUCCCAGUCUGCAGAGGCAGAAGACGUGGCCACGAAAGCUGGCGAAGUCCUCCGACGGAGCACCCCCGGACGAAGGGGAAAGAUGGUUCCAGUAAGCGACGGGUUCUUCUUCCAGAACAAGUUCGAGCCGCCAAAGACAGGCAUCUAUGGCCAGCAACAGGUGGAUCCCAAACUGGCCUCAAUACUUGCGAAACGCCACCAGAGAUACGAGCAGGUUGAGGCUCCCAGAAAUUUGGAGCCCGGCCAGCAGAUGGCAGGCACGGAAUCCAAUUCUAAUCAGGUCCAAUUAAGAAAACAGGUGGAGACUCGACAGUACAGGAGUGCAUCUGCCACUGGGAUGUCGCCAGAGUUACAUAAACUGAUGAACAAACGACGAAGUCAGAUCGACAUUGAGCCCACCGAGGGUGCCCCCACUGUACAAGUGAAGCAAGCACCACCUCCUACAGCACCUCGCAGACGACAAGAAGCCGAAGACAGCAACUCUCCACCCUCGGUGGAGCAGCCAGCAGAGACACAGACCAGUUCCCAACAGGAGCAGCAAGCACCCGAGACACAUGUUGAGACUGUCCAGUCAUCAACAGACGAAGAGAAAGGGGUCAACCAUGCGACGGAGACAUACAAAGAAAAAGAGGUCCAAUCUGCGACAGAAACACGAGAAGAAAAAGAGGAGUCCUCCUCGCCUGUCGCACCAGGGGAGACAAACCCACCGUCGGCUCAGGCAGAGCAGCACGAAACAGAGGAACCGGUUCCCAACUCGCAGCAAGAGGAGGAGGUGACCUCCGUGCCAGCCGAACAGGAAGACCCGGUCACCUUCUACUGGCGGCAACGAGACAGAAGUGUAGUAUGUACACAUAGUGUAGUAGCCGUUUUGCAUCACCAAUCAGCAGAGCGAACCAUAGUGCAUUGUACGGUGUAA